GUGAGCACAUCAACCUCAAGGUAGUUGGGCCAGAAGACGAGUCUGUGGUGCAGUUUAUAAUUAAGUGGCAUACACCUCUUAGCAAACUCAUGAAGGCCUACUGUGAGAGACAGGGCUUGACGAUGAGGCACAUCAGGUUCCGGUAUGGCGGAGAGGCCUUCUAUGACACGGACACACCUGCACAGUUGCAGAUGGAAGAUGAAGAGGUAAUUGACGUAUUUCGGGCCUUCCCUUACCCAAUGAGCCUUACAAACCAAAACAGCGAGCACAUCAACCUCAAGGUGGUUGGGCCAGACGGGCCUGUGCAGUUUAAACUGAACCUCUGGACACCUCUCAGCAAACUCAUGAAGGCCUACUGUGACAGACAGGGCUUGACGAUGAGGCACAUCAGGUUCCGGUAUGGCGGAGAGGCCUUCAAUGACACGGACACACCUGCACAGUUGCAGAUGGAGGAUGAAGAUGAAAUUGACGUAUUUCGUGCCUUCCCUUACCCAAUGAUUAUCCCUCGUCAAAGACAAGGCAAUUUGUCUGAAUAGGUUGGAGGAUUGAUGUUGGCCUAUUUCAGCAGCAAACACGAGGUCUUAAGUAAAAGUCAAGAAUCAUCCUUCUCCCACCUCUUCCCAGCAAUGUGGCCCAUCUCUCCUUCUUCUCUCCUCCCUUGCCUGCUCCCUUCCUCCUUUCUGCUUCUCAUCCCAUCUCUCCUUCUCCUCCCCUCUCUCCUUCUCUCUCUCUAUCUCCUCUGUUCUUAUGUUCCUAUGCCAAAACCAUACGGACUGAGGUUCUCACGGUUCCACACACAUUAAUAGGUUAUAGGCCUACAGUGUCUUCAUUUUUUUUCUUCCUUUGUCUUUAUUUUUAUACAUUGGAAAUAUUUUCUCAAGAUUUGACCAUAGUUUAGCCUAACUGAGCAAUAAAGGCCCAACGCACAACUGUGCAUGACGGUUUGUGGGCAAAUGUAAAACCAAAGUGAUUUUUUU